AUGUCCCCUAUGAAUCCUGCCGCUCCCGCUGCCGCUCCCGCUGCCGCUGCCGCUCCCGCUGCCGCUCCCGCUGCCGCUCCCGCUGCCGCUCCCGCUGCCGCUCCCGCUGCCGCUCCCGCUGCCGCUCCCGCUGCCGCUCCCGCUGCUGCCGCUCCCGCUGCCGCUCCCGCUUCCGCUCCCGCUGCCGCUCCCGCUGCCGCUCCCGUUGCCGCUCCCGCUGCCGCUCCCGCUGCCGCUCCCGCUGCCGCUCCCGCUGCCGCUGCCGCUCCCGCUGCCGCUCCCGCUGCCGCUCCCGCUGCCGCUCCCGCUGCCGCUCCCGCUGCCGCUCCCGCUGCCGCUCCCGCUGCCGCUGCCGCUGCCGCUCCCGCUGCCGCUCCCGCUGCCGCACCCGCUGCCGCUGCCGCUGCCGCUCCCGCUGCCGCUCCCGCUGCCGCUGCCGCUGCCGCUCCCCCGCUGCCGCUCCCGCUGCCGCUCCCGCUGCCGCUGCCGCUGCCGCUCCCGCUGCCGCUCCCGCUGCCGCUCCCGCUGCCGCUCCCGCUGCCCGCAAAAUUCGAGGCCGAGGCCUAA